UCUCCUCCCGGCGACGGAAGAAGGGCAGCGACGUCAUUUCCGCUUGCUGAAUAGGACGAAUUUGGGCAAGAUGGCGCUCUCCCUGCUGAGAUUAACAGGUCGGCGCUGCCUCUGUGUCCGUCUUGGGCCAGGACUCUCUACACAACAUGCGGUUUCCAAGGCAACGACAGCCAAAGAAGAAAUGGCCCAGUUUUGGGACAAGAACACCCAGUCAAAGCGUCCUCUCUCCCCUCAUAUUACCAUCUACCAGUGGUCUCUGCCCAUGAUGAUGUCCAUUUCUCAUCGUGGCACAGGGGUUGCAAUGAGCUUAGGAGUGUCACUCUUCGGCUUAAGCGCUUUGGUGCUUCCAGGGCAUUUCGCUGACUACCUGGACCUCAUCCGGUCCCUCAGUCUGGGUCCUGCUCUUAUCUAUUCUGCAAAGUUUGCCCUGGCUUUCCCCUUGACCUUCCACACUUGGAAUGGAAUCCGGCAUCUGGCCUGGGACAUGGGCAAAGGAUUGAAGAUACCGCAGGUCUACCAGUCUGGGGUCGUUGUCCUCAUCUUGACGGUUUUGUCCUCCGUUGGAAUUGCAGCCAUGUAAACGGAGUCAAGGGCAGCUCUCCUCCACCUCCUGAACCGUUUCUUAAUCAAAGCAUUAGGAGUGUGGCUUUCAGUUCUUGACCCGGAUGAAUAGAUCACAGAUCCAUAAGGCCAUUUUUUGCUGUCUCUCAGAUCAGCCCAGAUUAUUAUAGACAUCCUUGCAUAUGCGUGUGAUAGUUGCGGGAUCGCCAUGUAAAUCCAAAGACUUCUAGAAGGCCGAUAUAAGCAGAAUACUAGUUGGUGAAGAAGUUCACAUACCCACAACGUACCACAAGCCUUUGCUUUUCUCGGCUGUGUGCCGUCUUUUCUUUCUCCCUCCACUUCCAAACAAUAUCAGUCUUUGUACCCAACUGAAAGAGAAGGGGGACUCCAAUCGUGCAGUGGGUGAGCGAGCGUGUGGGUACACUUCUUCAAAGGACAACAAUCCCCAUUGAUGGCUGAACUGCAGCAAGACCAGCACAUUCAGGCUUUGGCCACCUCCAGCUGCCGUCCUAUUCCUUGUCUCUUUAUCUCCAGAAUAUUGGCCUGAGGGAGGUUUAAGGGCCUGAAGCCUGCUCUAGUGUCUUGUGCAGGUUUCUUCCAGCCAUAGAGACCAUCUCCUAAUAUCCUAACCCAAGGUUAUGUCAUUCCUAUGUUCCUUGAGCAUGACAUAAUCUUACAUCAGGAUGUUAGAUUUCAAACCUUUCAACAUCUGCUGCUCCUUUUCCUUUUGUCAGACAUUUCCAACCAAAUGAAUGAGCAUCACCUCCUCUGUAAAUGUAAGCUGUCCUGUAAUUAUCAAGAUACGCUGAAGUUGUUGCUUCGGUUUUAUAGUGUUCUUGCCCUUUCGGUUAAUAAAUGAAUAAGCCUCAGCCUUUUGCUGGGCUCCUAAAAGUUGUUUGGCAGUAA